CCAACUCUCCCUCGUUCCCCUUCCUAUUGUUCCUCACCAGUCCUCUCUGUUUUCAUGGUGCUCUGAGCUACGGUACACUCGAAUUCUGCACACGCCAGCCUCGUCGAGGCCCGAGCUCAGGCCAGCUCUUGCUGUGGAGAAUCGUUGGUCUAUCUGGUUGACGUGAAUGCUUUAAAGGAUUUCCUGUGAGCAGGGCAUUUUUUCUUCUGGAUGUUCGUGCACGAGCUCUGAAGUGGACGGGAUUUCUGUGAUUCUGAUUGUUUCCGUUUUUCCGAAGGUUUUGGAGUGAGGACGAGCUCGGAUAUUGGGCUUGAGGGUCCUCGAGAAUUGGAUGCGGAGACAGUGGUUGGAUCAGACGCCUCCCCGGAGAGGAGGUGACUAGCUGUUGACGUUUUCGUUGCUGACGGAAGGCAAUUCUCAAGCGGGAAAUCGCUGGUUGGGUGUACUCGGUCGGUGGGAAUCUUCCCUGAGCUUAACAGAGAAUGCAGAAAAUUUGAGAAUUUUGUAAAAUUCUUAACAGGGACGCAGGGAAGUUGAAAUGUUGGUCUCCAGGGGACCGCUUAGGACCUCUGCUCUGCCAGCAUGUGCAGACUAUUCAGUACAUUCCUCUCUUGGUGGCACACGACAGCUCCGCAGGUGUUCAAAGCCUUCCCAGUCAGGUAGCCGACCUCUGACGAUCCAAUGUAGAGACGAAGGGCGUAAAUUCGAGAGAGUACGAGAGGAGGAACUUAAGCGGAUUAAGAAACCUUUAGUGGAGAAGGAGGCAAUCAAGUCGACUCCUUCUUCUGUGGGUUUUGAAGAUGGGGGUGGUGCUAUCAAUGGAGUCAAUGGGAGAAUCCUCAAACCAAGUUCUAUCACAAUUCCCGUGGGUGAUAGAGAGAUUACAAUCGAGACUGGUCUCAUCGGACGGCUUGCAAAUGGGGCUGUGACGGUGACAGAUGGAGAAACUAUAGUGUAUACGACAGCUUGUACUGCUUCUGACGCGGUUGAACCCUCCGAUUUCGUUCCUUUAACAGUAAACUACCAAGAGCGUUUUUCUGCCGCAGGACGGACCAGUGGUGGAUUUAUUAAGAGGGAAGGCCGAACAAGAGAUCAUGAAGUACUUGUGUGCAGGCUUAUCGAUAGGCCAAUAAGGCCGAUGAUUGCAAAGGGUUUCAACCACGAAACUCAGAUUCUUUCGUGGGUCUUGAGCUAUGACGGCUUACAUACUCCAGAACCUUUGGCAAUCACCGCCGCUGGUGCAGCAUUAGCUCUGUCAGACAUCCCAAUUGCAAAACCAGUGGCAGGUGUGCGGGUCGGUCUGAUCGAUGGUCAGUUUGUUAUCAAUCCCACCGUUCAAGAAAUGUCUCUCUCGAAGCUAGAUAUGAUCGUUGCCGGUACCGACAGCGCAGUACUAAUGAUCGAGGGUUACUGCGAGUUUUUGCGAGAAGACGUUCUGCUGGAUGCUGUUGCGGUUGGACAGGCUGCAAUUUCUACCAUCUGCACUGAGAUUCAAAAGUUCGCAGCUACAGUCGGUAAACCAGCAAAAUACGACGAUAUACAUAUUCCACCACCAAUUUUAGAGAAGUAUAUCAUGGACAUUGUUGGAGAUGAGCUGGAGAAGGCACUGCAAACCAAGACCAAAAGACUCAGGGGUCAAGCCAUCGCUGUCCUGGAAGAGAAGUUGAUGAAGUUGCUAACUGAGGAAGGUGUUACAAGAGAAGAGCCAGCUGCAGUAAAAGAAGAUUUAGUUCCAAUUGAGGAGGUCGUUUGGGAUGAGGAACAAGAUGGCGAGUUAAUUGUUGAGGAUGGAGAGGUUGAUGAAGGAGACAUUCACGUGAAACCUGUGUUCAAAAAGCCAGUCACUGAGCUUUUCGAGCCAAUCGACGUCAAGCUGGUCCUGAAAGAGGUUUCUUCGAAAGUUAUGCGCAAAUUUAUCAUACAGAAAGGAGUACGGAGUGAUGGUCGAGGCGUCACGGAUGUUCGCCCGAUCGAGUCGAGCUGUGGACUACUUCCCAGGACUCACGGCAGUGCUCUUUUCACACGAGGAGAGACACAGGCCUUGGCAGUGGCGACACUAGGUGGAGGUGACAUGGCUCAACGGGUUGACAAUCUUACUAAUACUGAGGACAAAAGAAGAUUCUAUCUUCAGUACGCAUUUCCUCCAUCCUCAGUCGGUGAAGUUGGACGUUCUGGAGCACCCAGUAGGCGAGAAAUUGGCCAUGGUACGCUCGCAGAGAGGGCAUUAGAGCCAAUCUUACCAACGAUGGACAACUUUCCAUACACUGUACGCCUUGAAAGCACCAUCACUGAAAGCAACGGCUCCUCAAGUAUGGCGUCAGUUUGCGGUGGUUGCCUGGCCAUGCUGGAUGCGGGGGUCCCUUUGAAGGGUUCCGUGGCUGGAGUUGCAAUGGGACUCAUCUUGGAUACUAAGGAAGGAGGCGGGGAUGGUGAACCUUUGAUCUUGACUGACAUCCUUGGAUCAGAAGAUGCACUGGGUGACAUGGACUUCAAGAUUGCUGGCAACGAGGACGGCGUGACAGCUUUCCAGAUGGACAUAAAGGUUGAGGGAAUUACGAUUCCAGUGAUGAGGAAGGCGUUGACGCAAGCGAGGGCAGGAAGAAUCCACAUUUUGGGUGAGAUGAAGAAGUGCUAUCCACCUCCGGCUGGAUCUCUUUCCAAGCACGCCCCAUUCAUAGAUAUUAUCAAGAUCAAACCAGAGAAAGUGAAUGUCGUGAUCGGUUCUGGUGGCAAGACCAUAAAGGGGCUAAUUGAAGAAACGGGGGUUAUGUCCAUAGAUGUGAACGACUUGGGAAUUGUAACGAUUUGUGGGACCACACCUGAAGGUGUGCAACGUGCUAAGGCUAAAAUAGCCGGUUUGACUAUGGUUCCCCUUGUCGGAACUGUGUACAGAAACUGUAAGGUUAAGGGAAUACUAGCUUUUGGUUGUUUCGUCGAAAUUGCACCAGGAAAAGAGGGCCUCGUUCACGUAAGCGAGCUAGCGCUUACUAGGGUGAACAAAGUCGAAGAUGUUGUAAAUUUAGGUGAUAGCUUGGACGUGAAGCUUACAGAGAUAAAUUCCAAGGGACAACUAAGGCUGAGCCGGAAAGCCGUGCUUUUAGACGACCAGGCGAAGGAGCGGGGAGAGCCCAGUGAAGGUAGCGCACAGAGUACACAAAGUGAAGGUAGUGACGAAUCACGUGAAGGGGGUGGUGAUAGAGAAGAAGAAAUGGCCAGUGCCUCUUAGAAUAGCAUUAGGAAAUUGCUAGAAAUUGUCACAUUAUUCUAUCUCAUUUGUAAGAAAGGCAAAUUUUAAUCUUACUCAAUCCAAGCCUUGCCAUUGUUUGCGUC